AUGUUCACCACAGUCGUCAUCACUUUUUUAUGUAUAACUUGUUUAAUUCAACCAAUUCUUCCAUUUUACAUUCCCGGUGUUGCACCACUUGAUUUUAAUAGAGGCGAAAAUGUUGAAGUUAAAGCUGUUAAAAUGACUAGUACAAAAACUCAAUUGCCAUAUGAUUAUUAUGAACUUGAUAUACAUUGUAAACCUUCUGAUGGUAUUAAAUAUAAAUCUGAAAACCUUGGUGAAAUUCUUCGUGGUGAUCGUAUUGUUACUACAAAUUUCAAAGUUGAAAUGGAUACAAAUGCUCGUUGUUUAACACUUUGUAAAGAUAUUAAAUUAACAUCCGAACAAAGUACAAAAUUAGCAAAACGUAUUGAACAAAACUAUUAUGUUCAUCUUCUUGUUGAUAAUCUACCAUGUGCAACUAAAUUUCAAAAUCCUAAUACUCAAGCUACAUUUUAUGAACAUGGUUAUCGUUUAGGAAAUCAUAUAAAACAAUCGAAAGAAACAUACUUAAAUAAUCAUUUAAUUAUAAGAUUAUUUUAUCAUAAAGAAUCUGAAAAUGGAUAUCGAGUUGUUGGUUUUGAAGUUGAACCAAAAAGUAUUGAUUCAAAACGUAUUACAGCUGAAGAAGGUGGAAAAUGUUCGAUACAAAGUGGUGAAGGAAUGCAGGCAAUCAAUCCGGCAGGAGAAAAUACAGUAACAAUGACUUAUGAAGUAGAAUGGGCACCAAGUGAUACACGUUGGGCUAGUCGUUGGGAUACCUAUUUGGCAAUGACAGAUGUUCAAAUUCAUUGGUUUUCAUUAAUUAAUUCUGUUAUUGUUGUCUUCUUUCUUGCUGGUAUACUUUCAAUGAUUAUUAUUAAAACUCUUCGUCGAGAUAUUGCACGAUAUAAUAAAGAAGAUGCAGAUGAUUCAAUUGAAGAAACUGGAUGGAAAUUAGUACAUGGUGAUGUUUUUCGACCACCACGUGGUAAAAAUUAUCUUGCCGCUCUUGUUGGUUCUGGUAUUCAGAUUCUAAUGAUGUCAUUCAUUGUUAUUGUCUUUGCGGCACUUGGAAUGCUUUCACCAGCAUCACGUGGUGCUUUAGUUACUGCUGCUUGUUUUCUUUAUGUUUUCAUGGGUUUAAUAGCUGGCUACUUUUCUGGUCGAUUAUAUAAAACAAUCAAAGGUACAAAUUGGAAACGAACAGCAGCAUUAACUGCUACACUUUAUCCAUCAAUUGUUUGUGGUGUUUCUCUUUUUCUAAAUUUUUUUAUUUGGGGAAAACGUUCAUCAGGUGCUGUUCCAUUUUCAACAAUGAUUUCUAUAUUAGCUAUGUGGUUAGGAAUAUCAUUUCCUCUUGUUUGUAUUGGUUUCUUUUUUGGUUAUCGUAAACAACCAUAUGAACAACCCGUUCGAACAAAUCAAAUUCCAAAACAAGUACCCGAACAACAAUGGUUUAUGCAUCCUGUUAUAAACAUUGCAAUUGCUGGUAUACUACCAUUUGGGGCAAUGUUUAUUGAAUUAUUCUUUAUUUUCUCUGCUAUUUGGGAAAAUCAAUAUUAUUAUUUAUUUGGUUUUCUCUUUCUUGUAUUUAUUAUAAUAAUUAUCUGUUGCUCACAAAUCUCAAUUGUUAUAACGUAUUUUCAAUUAUGUGGAGAAGAUUAUCAUUGGUGGUGGAGAUCAUUUAUUUCGUCAGGUGGUUCAGCAUUUUAUGUAUUUGGUUAUGCAGUUUUUUACUUUUUUACUAAACUUGAUAUUACUGGAUUUGUUCCGUCACUACUUUAUUUUGGUUAUACACUUUUGAUCUGUUUUUCAUUUUGGGUUCUUACUGGUACAAUUGGCUUUUAUGCUUCAUACAUUUUUGUUAGAAAAAUUUAUUCUGAAGUUAAAAUUGAAUAA